AUGCCUGGCUCAGACCCUGGCGACGACUUCACUGUUGAUGACUUCAUCGUCGACAUCGAUACUAUCCAAUCUCAUGGCAUCGGUGCAGCUGAUAUCACCAAGCUCAAAGCCAACGGCUUCUACACUGUCGCUUCAGUCCACGGCGCAACACGAAAGACGCUGCUGAAGAUCAAGGGCUUCAGCGAGGUAAAAGUCGAGAAAGUCAAAGAAGCAAUCCAGAAGUGCCUGCCCUCACCAUCAGGCUUCAUGACUGCCAUGGAACUACACCACCAGCGCAAGAAAGUCGUUCGCAUUUCAACCGGCAGCAAACAAUUCGACUCUAUCCUCAAUGGCGGCUUCCAAAGCAUGAGCAUCAGCGAAGUCUUUGGCGAAUUCCGCUGUGGCAAGACCCAACUCUCCCACACAAUGUCCGUCGUCGCCCAACUCCCCAAAUCCCUCGGAGGCGCAGACGGAAAAGUAGCCUACAUCGACACAGAAGGAACCUUCCGCCCUGAACGAAUCGCCCAAAUCGCCGAACGCUACGGCGUGGACCCUGACACCGCGCAGGAGAACAUUGCAUACGCCCGAGCCCUAAACAGCGAGCAUCAACUUGAAUUGCUCAAUUCGCUCAGUCGCGAGUUUGCUGCAGGUGAUUAUCGACUACUGGUUAUUGACAGUAUUAUGAACUGCUUUCGGGUUGAUUAUUGCGGACGUGGUGAGCUUGCUGAGAGACAGCAGAAGCUGAAUCAGUUUUUGAUGAAGUUGGCGCAUAUGGCUGAAGAGUUCAAUGUCUGUGUUUUGAUGACGAACCAGGUUCAGAGCGAUCCUGGUGCUAGUGCGCUUUUUGCUGGUGCUGAUGGACGCAAGCCUGUUGGUGGACAUGUUCUUGCUCAUGCGUCGACGACUCGUGUGUUGCUUCGCAAAGGCCGAGGUGAGGAGCGCGUGGCUAAGAUUCAGGAUUCGCCUGACUGUCCCGAACGAGAGGCUAUUUACAUCAUUACCAACGGGGGCAUCAGCGAUCCUGACAAAGUCUGA